GGGUCCAGUCACAAACUAGUAUUUGGGGUAGGGGAGUGGAUGCAAGGUCAGGCAAAGGUGGACAGUGGGAUGGAGGCCCAUUUCCCUCGAAUGACAGAAUCACUGACAACAUGGGAUAAGACAGAAAGCGGGGGCAGUUAGGUGCCCCCUGCCCCACCCAGGACAGUGCAGAUGAGGCAGCUAAGACCCAGAGAGGGUGGGCAGCCUGCUCAAGGUCCAACAGUCCCCAGACUCUCAGCCCAGGAGACUAAAGCCCCCAGAAGGUCUCUCUUUAUGCCCUUCUCCGUCCAGAGUCCCAGGAAGCAUCCAACCCUUGACUUCUUUCUCUUUCCAGAACCUCCACAGGAACAUGACCCAUUCACCUAUGACUACAAAUCCCUGCGGAUCGGAGGCCUCAUCAUCGCCGGGAUCCUCUUCAUCCUGGGUAUCCUCAUCAUCCUGAGCAGAAGGUGCCGGUGCAAAUUCAACCAGCAGCAGAGGACUGGGGAACCUGAUGAAGAGGAGGGAACUUUCCGCAGCUCCAUCCGCCGUCUGUCCACCCGCAGGCGGUAGAGACACCUGGCGCGAUGGAACCCAGCCAGGAUUCCCCUGGCUCCUGAUGCCUCCCACCCACCACCUGCGCGCCCACCGCCACCUGGACUGCCCUCUCUCCCAGCCCUGCCCCCACAGACUCCUCUCUGCCGCCCAGACUUCAAUAAAACAUGCUUUUCUCUCU